AUGGCAACUCACACAAAUGCGGAUUUCCUCAACGACCCGCGCUUCAACCAAACCUUUGAGUAUAUCCCUCCUGUGUUGUCAACCAAGGACGCUCUCGCCAUCAAGCACAAGAUCCGGAUCAUCAGCACCGACAGGCCCGGGAUGGGAGGAACCGACGCCGUCGCUCCCAAAGACAGGUUGACCGUCUGGCGAGAUGCCGGCGGAGUGCCUGAGGGGUGGCGGGCAGGCUCGGUGCGGUUGGAGGUGUUUUAUGCCGAGACCGAUACGCUCACGGGGGAUGGCGGCGUGGCGUCUAAGCCGGGGAAGUGGUUUGAUGGGCUGUGGGAGGGGGGCGUGCGGGACGUGGUAGAUUACGGCAGUAAGACGGUUAAGGGGGCAGAUCAUGAUGGUAUUUGGUGGUUGAGGUGGGGGGCGGUGCAGCAGGUGUUUGAGGCAGCCGGAGGGGCUGGGGAGCGUGACGAAGCCAGAGACAUGUGA